UGGCAUUUGCACUUUGGUCACUAAGAACCCAGCACAUAUUUACAGAGAACAAAGCAGACUGUGUCUACAUAGCUAUUUUAAAUCCACAAUGUUUCAUCUAAAGAACAUCCUUGCCUUGAUAUUAAUGUCUGCCUCUAUUUGUCAGGCUAAAACUGGUGAUCUACGGGCCUCAGAAACUACAACUAAAGUGACACUACAGCCUUGGUUGGUGGGACUGGCAGCUGUUGUAGGCUUCCUCUUGAUUGUCUUUGUGGUACUUAUUGUGAACAGACUAUUUUUCACGAAAGACAAAGAUGAGAUGAUAGAAAAGGAGAUAGAGGGCUUUGCCUUUGAAAACAAAGCAGCUGAUCUGGAGGCAAAUGAGGAGACCAAGCAGACCACUUUAUAAUGAGAAGAUAAGAGGAUGAUAGAAAAUUUCACUUUUAAACUUUACGGGACAUGUUUGAUUGAGCAAUUCUUAAAGGAACAAUAAACCCAACAAUCUUCUUUUUGCCAUACCUUCAAGUCACGUCCUUCCAGUCCAAACAUGUAUGUUUAUUUGGUUCUGUGGAAUACUUAAUAAGAAAUUUUGAAGCCUUUAAGAAAGCUGUGCUGUAUUUUAAGAUUCUUAUAUCUUUAAAGAUUACUCUUUUCUUUUCCAGAGUAAAAAUGAAAGCAUACCCUUUCGGAAUAACAAGAAUGAGUAAUAUUUUUUUCUUUGCUUUUUUUAAUAUUUAAAAGUUAAUUUAAUAUUUGUGAACUUGAGUAAUUUAUUUGCGUCCCUGUUGGUAUUUACUUAUGAACUAAAAGUAAACACUUAUUGCAGAUGUGUUUCAUUUCUUUAUACAUUUUGAGUGUAGUUCUCUAAAAUAACCACUAGAUAGAGCAUCAUUCACCCAUUUGGGUGCAACCAAAGCAUAAUAACCAUUUUUGGCACUUUCUAAUAGUAUCCUUACUAUGUUGUAACUGAAGUAUACUUUAAUUUCAAACACAUUCAUUUGGUUAGGAAGCAUAGAAAAUACAGUCUCAUUGAGUUUCAGCCUGCACAUAAUGCUCUCAUUAACUGGGGUUUGACUUGUGCGUCUUGGAUCGGCCUGUAUAUGCUAAACGGACAGGGCUAUGAGAUCCAUUACUCAUUUUGAGUGACAGUUUGGACAUGUUAAAUGCUUCCAGUAAAAUGACGUAACAUUCAGUUGCAAAGAACUUUGGUUUUGGAACUAUUUGUUGGUCCCAUGGGAAUGUGAUGAAAAUAUCAAAAAUAAAAAAAAUCUGUCAGGUGUAUGUUGCAUUUAAGGACGUGAACCCAAUUAUCAAUAAAAUAUGUAAUUAAGUGGUUGAA